GUUACAGUCGUCAGCGGGAAACGCAAGUUUCGCGAACACCUUAAACUUAAAACGUACGAAUUUGUUUUCCUCGGACGAAAAAAUCGAGUCGCGUGGUUCGCAGUGUUGGAAAAUUUAAAACUGGUGUUAUCAAUGUGGUUAUAUUACUGGGCUGAAUUUAGAAUGGAUUUUCAAAUGGAUUUAGAAUUGUACGAAGUGUUAGAGAAAUUGAAUCUAAGAUUGGAAUUAGGUUUUGUAGCAUUCGUCGAGAAGGGCGAAAAAUGUUCAAUAAACAUAGAUUUUAAAAUCGAUCCUUUCGAUGCUAUAUUAAAUCUUAUUCCGUUGUAAAGCAGCACGAUAUUUAAAUUCAACAUCUGCUAUUUAAUUUUUGAAAUUCUACAUAUUAUAAUAUUGAAAACUUUAUCGAACCUAUUCCUAUUUUCGCACGUGUUAGUAUAUUCGAUAGGAAAAAUCGAUAAUAUUAUAUAAAUACAUUUAGGAAAAAAGAAGUGUGUGGAUUAGAUUUGAAAGUAUGCGCGUAUUUACAUACGUAAGUAAAAGAUUUCUUUCCAAUUUCCAUCGCUCUGUUGAUAAAGAAAUAAUAUUAUCGGUGACGGAUGAUGAUACCGAUAACAGAUAAAGAAGAUUUUGUUCCAUAAUUAGAUGAUCGAUGAACAGCAUCGUGCAAAGUAUCAGUACGUAAAUUUAUUUGCAGAAUUGCCACUAUGUUUGCUAAUAACAUAAUGGAAAUGCAUAAAAUAGUUCAGAUAUUAUAUUUUCUACAAUUUGAUAUUAUAAAUUCAGUUACGUAUUUCAUUUUUAAAUGUAAAUUAAUAUAAUAUUAAUCUAAUUUGCGUAAACAGAAGAUCAACCGUGGAAUAGCCGUGAUACGUAUGUUAACAAAAUUAAAUCAUACGUUAAAAAGUGGAAAGCCUGCUGUCUUCAAAAAUAUUAUUCACUCGUCUUAUAACUGUAUAUCUCUACAACUUAAAACUACAAGUUGAACUAGAUAUUCUGCCUUUAAAAACAAUGGUUGGUAAAAAUAGCUUUACUUAUCAGAAUUAAGCCACGUAAAAGAUAAGGUUAUAUCAUUCGAGAAAAUGGCAUGUUCUUUAAUUGUAACAUCGGUAAUUCAUGCGUGAAAGUGAAAAUUAACUUUCGACGUAUAAAACACGUGAUUACGUAUAAUGUAAUAUAAUAGAAGACUGGAAUAAAGGUGACGUUAACGAUAAUACAUGAUAAUAAAUAACGUAUCAAACUCUGAUAUGUACGAUAUGAUCGUAAGAUGUCACGUGAAAUAGUAAUUUGACAAAACACAUUGUUAACUGGAAUUGUUAACUAAACAAAAACAAACUGUUAACUAGCUAAAAUUGUUGGUGACAGUGAUAGCAGUAAAUCAAGGGAAUAGCCCAAAAAGCCACAUUGUUUUCAAGUGCUUUCUAUUAUGCAAUACGGACACGACUCGUUAUUUUAUGCGAAAAAUACGAUAGAAGGAAAAUAUUGUACGACCGAGACAAAAGAGAACCUUUCUUUACUUCAAACUACACGAUACUAAAAAAAAAAAUGCUAUACGUAUACAUUGAUACAUUAUAAGAAGUGAUGGCUCGGUUAAGAGCUCUUGUAAUCUUCGCAUAGUAUCCAAGUUGCAUUUUGUUCGUAGGAUACCUAUAUAUACGUAUACCUAUACGUAUGUUUAUAUUGGCAAAGUAAAGCGAUCGUCAUAUCGCGACAGUGGUUUGACAAACUCAUCGACAGUCCUGGCUAACCGAAUCAGCUGGUUGGGAUUAUUAUCAUUAACCAAUGACACUAUACACAAAUAUCCAACCGUAUUACAAUUAUAAUUAUUUUCCUAAAUGGUAGGGUAUUAUAUGUUUUUCAAGACGCUCGUUCAUCGCGAUACGAAGUAGCGAUUAAUAGCAGUCGCUAGAUAAGCACCGGGCAACUAGAAAUGACCGCAACACAUUUUCCAACGUAACACCAAUUACCGAAACUUCGUGGUCGCAGAAAGUUUACACCCUUUUCAUCCGGCGAACACAUCGUCUGAGUUAACGAGAGACAACUUCGGUGACUGAGGACGAGUGAAAUGAGCAGUAGCCGAAUUAACGAGUCGGUCAACAUUAAUUAUGUACCUACAUCGUGAAAACCACUCGGUACAUUAUGGUCUUUUUUGUGAGAAAUUAAAAGUGUCAUGACAGGAACUACGGAUGUAUUUGUUCCUGGGAGAUUUCCUGAGGGCAAUGGUUUGGGUCGUGUCGUUUCAUUACUGCAACGAACAGCUUAUAGGCUGUGCAACGCAAAAUUCCGGCGGCAAUGGCUAGCAUGUUUUUCCGCAACGCUAACCAUGGUCAUAGUCGGUACAGUCUAUGGAUGGACAACGGCUUCACUCCUCCAUCUAACAUCUGGGACCGGUGGCGUGCCGCUGACGUUAACACCCGACGAAUCUUCAUGGAUCGUUUCUUUGACAGUACUUGGUUCAAUGUUCGGCUCACUUGUGGGUGCCAAGUUGGCCGAUCUCAUCGGUCGUAAAUACUGCCUCCUUUCAUGCUGCACAAUUUUCAUCUUAGGCUGGCUCAACGUCUACACCGCAACUGCCGUGCCAAACCUAUACCUUGCUCGGGUGAUUCUCGGUAUAGGCGUUGGUAUUGCCUACACGAUAAAUCCCAUGUACGUGUCAGAAAUCGCCGACAUCAACAUCAGAGGCGCCCUAGGUACUCUAAUCGCAGUGAACGUAUUUAGCGGGUCACUGCUUACCUGCAUUCUAGGAAACUGGCUGACGUACAGAUCACUCGCGAUAGCUCUUGUAAUACUAUCCUGUGUAUCCUUCUUGUCGAACACGUGUUUUCCCGAAACCCCGUAUUUCUUGGUGGCAAAACGUCGAAAGAAGCAAGCAUGCAAGUCGAUAACAUAUUACAGAAGCAUCGUAGAUCCUCGCGAAGUCAAAGUCGCACUACGUGCUCUACAACCACAAAUCACAUGCAAAUUACAACCACGAUCCAGAAGCGAUUUCACCUUAUCAUCCGGGAGUGGUUAUGCCUUAAUAUCCUUACGGGAAUUACCCACAGACCCCAACCGGGAAGUAGUAGACACAGAACCCACGUCCGAUUUAAACUUACCAUCCAGUAGCGAUUCACAGUCACAAUCCAUAUCCGUAACACACUCGGCAGUCAUAUGCAAUCUACAACCGCAAACCACAGGUGAAUUACCCCUACAACCCCCGUGCGAGUUUCACCCACAACCCACAAGCGAAUUACACCUAUCACCCAACAUCAAAGUACACCCACCAUCCACGAGUGAAGUACACCCACCAUAUACAAGCGAAAUACAACCAGGACCCACAAGCAAAAUACAACCAAAAUCCACAAGCGAAAUACAGCCAGAACCCACAAGCGAAAUACAGCCAGAACCCACAAGCGAAAUACACCAGCCAUCCACAGGCGAAAUACAGCCAGAAUCCACAAGCGAAACACAUCCAGAACCCACAAGCGAAAUACAGCCAAAAACCACAAGCGAAAUACACCAGUCAUCCACAGGCGAAAUACAGCCAGAACCCACAAGCGAAACACAUCCAGAACCCACAAGCGAAACACAUCCAGAACCCACAAGCGAAAUACAGCCAAAAAUCAAAAGCGAAAUACACCAGCCAUCCACAGGCGAAAUACAUCCAGAAACCACAAGCGAAAUACAGCCAAAAAUCAAAAGCGAAAUACACCAGCCAUCCACAGGCGAAAUACAUCCAGAAACCACAAGCAAAAUACACCAGCCAUCCACAAGCAAAAUACACCAGCCAUCCACAAGCAAAAUACACCAGCCAUCCACAAGCAAAAUACACCAGCCAUCCACAAGCAAAAUACACCAGCCAUCCACAAGCAAAAUACACCAGCCAUCCACAAGCAAAAUACACCAGCCAUCCACAAGCGAAAUACAGCCAGAAUCCACAGGCGAAAUACACCAACCAUCCACAAGCGAAAUACACAAACCAUCCACAAGCAAAAUACACCGACCAUCCACAAGCGAAAGUCGCUCAGGAGCCACAGGACCCUCACAAUCCAGUGUCAAUUUCCCCUCACCAUGCAGUUGCGAAUCAUGCACACUAUCCACUGUGGAAUCGAUUUGGUCCAAUGAGCCAUACGUAGAUGUAACUAAAGAAACCUGGUUAACCAGAAUGCGAGUAAUACUACAACCAAACAACAGGAAAGCUCUAUUUAUCAUGCUUGGCUUGAUCAUGGCACAACAACUUGGCGGAAACUUCAUCACUAUGCAGUAUCUGGGGGUGUUGUUUAGCAAAACAACGAUCGGUAUUGAACCAAAGGUAGCGACGAUUUUGGUCCUAACUGUCGGCCUUAUAUCUAGCACUUUAUCCACCAUAACAGUGGAAUCCGUUGGAAGAAGAACACUUUUGAUUCUGUCUACGCUUGGCUCGUGUUUUACAUUGAUGAUUCUGGCAAUUUAUCUUACGUUAGAUCAAUAUAAGUUUGACGUUUCCAACGUCUCAACUCUUCCCGUUAUCGACCUAAUUAUAUAUCAAGUAAUGUUUCAAAUUGGAUUAGGUACGUUACCCAAUGUUUUCCUAUGCGAGUUAUUUCCUACGGAACUAAAAGGCAUUGUUGGUGCCAUCAUUGUGAUUUUCGAUGGUAUAAUUGGUUUUAUCGUGUCGAAACUGUAUCAAGUGAUUACCGAUAAUGCAGGAUCGUGUGCGGUUUACUUUAUCUUCUCGACAUCAUGCUGUUUGGCAUUUCUGAUGGUGUUCGUGUGGGUACCGGAAACAAAAGGAAAAACGUAUCGCGAGAUUGAAGCGCUUCUAGUUGGUAAAAACUUGAAUUCUUUGAACGAAGGAGUUAGAACCAAUGAAACGGAUAUUCGUAGAUUCUGACAGGAAAAAUUGCACCGUACGUCCGUGGCACGGUGUCUACAUACUCGGCAUAUUUUAUUUCCCAUUUUUAUUAGUAUAACGAUAAAGAUUUACAAUUUCAUCAGAAUAUGCAAUUUUUGUAGUAACAUAGUACUAUUCGUUUGUACGUGUAAUUUUAGAAAUGUGUCGAACGAAGGUGAUGGUCAUUUACAAACAUAUAUAUCGCAUAAAUUGACUUGCAUUGAACUUAGAGGAAUACAUGUUCUCAAACUAAACUUUUUAUCCAUUUCAUAACACGAACAAUGUAACAAUAUCAUUUAACUCGAGAUAACUGAACAACAGCUUGCAAAAGUUACAGAAGUAACAUAUUAAAGACGGACACGAUGACAUAACACUGUCAAGAACAAUUCUUUAUAUAUCAGCUAUUAUCUAUGCUGCUAUUUUUUGCUUUUUGCAAUAUAUAACAUAUGUAUAUCGCAAAUACAUAUGUUAAUAUUGUUACAAUUAACGGCAAGUAUGCUGAAAAAGUCAGUAUUUAUGUUAAAAAUAAUGUAAUAUAAUUAACAUAACACAUUGUUAAUAAGUACUUAUAUUACAUUGUGGUUGUAGCUGAUAAGCAUAUGUGUUUACAUAUAUAAAUAUAUAUGUGUAAGACGCGGUUUUUCGGCGCCAUAUUAUAGUUAUUACUGAAAAAUAUUUGAAUAUGUUAGUUCGAAUAUUAUAGUAAUUACUGUAUCAUAACACAGUGAUAAAUAUCUAGCCUCGUCUAGAGGGAAUUCUAUCCAACUGUCGAACGUUAUUUUCGGUAAAUUAUGGCUAUAAUAAUAGUGUUCAGUUCAGAAAUUUAUAACAUUUCCUACUUUUAAUAUACGAUAAUUAUUAAAUGGCAAAAAGUUAAAUAUCUAUGAUUUAAUAAUGUUAUGACUAUCAAUAAUUAUGUAUUUAAUCUGUAUCUUUUAAACAGUUAUUUUAUUAAAAAGCUACAAGAAACA